AUGGAAACCGACGGGAAUAAGAAGGCGGCCGGUGAAGUUUCAGAAAAGAAACCCACUGCGACCGAUAAUGAAGCAAGCGGUGAUGAACACCAUGGAGGGAGGUUUUACUCCCACAGCCGCCAGAGUUCUGUUGCUGACGAAGACGAUGAUGAUGAAAGGAGUAAGAUUGAAUUGGGUCCGCAGUGCUCCUUGAGGGAACAACUUGAGAAGGACAAGGAUGAUGAGAGCUUAAGGAAGUGGAAGGAACAACUUCUUGGAAGCGUCGACAUCAAUGCUGUUGGAGAAACCCUAGAGCCAGAGGUGAAGAUCGUGAGCCUUGCAAUAAAGACAAAUGGGAGAGAUGACAUAGUGCUUCCAAUCCCAGAGUCUGGAAAACCAGAGGGCCUUUGGUUUACUUUAAAAGAAGGAAGCCAUUACAGUCUCAUGUUCACUUUUCGUGUUAGCCACAACAUCGUUUCAGGUCUCAAAUACACCAACACUGUUUGGAAAACUGGUAUAAGGGUUGACAGCACUAAAGAGAUGAUUGGAACGUUCAGCCCACAGGAAGAAGCUUAUACACAUGAAAUGCCUGAGGAGACGACCCCAUCUGGCAUGUUAGCUAGAGGGACUUAUACAGCUAAAAGUAAGUUUGUGGAUGAUGACAACAAAUGUCACUUGGAGAUCAACUACACUUUUGAUAUUCGAAAGGAUUGGAAAUAAUUAAUUAGGAGUCAAUUAAUUACUCCUUCGAUGAUAAUAUUGCCGUUUAAUCCUUCAUCGUUAAUCAUAUUUUUCUCUACUGGUUUUAA